AUUGAAACCUUCCUAAAGCUCCUUUUUCAUUAGUUUAGAGAUAGACCCGAUUAUUGCUGACUUAAGCAUCGGAGUGUCUACCUCGAGGACCCACCUCGGGGCUUUGCAGGUUCAUCCGAAGUGAAGACGCAAAUUGAAGAAGGACCUCUGGUUUGGUGCAAUUACAUUUGGCGCCGUCUGUGGAAAUCCAAACUAAAAGCUCUCUUGUUGCUCUCUCAUAAUGGUUAACACUCGAUCAGUCCGAGUUGGAAAUCCAUCUCAACCUCUUGGACAAGGUCAAGUCCCAAACAACCUUCCAUCUAACCUCCCACCUCCAAUCCCAAAUAUGUUCCCUCUUGUUGAUCAUGCAGAAAGAGGAGAUGAAAACCAACUGCACAACUCAGCUCAUAACUCAGCUUCCACCGCCAACCAAGACGUAGUUACAGCUCAGCUUGCUACCAUGCAACAACAGUUUGCUCCACAACAAGACCCUCAACCAGUUCAGCAUGCUCCUGCUCUUAGUGAAUCUCAGGUUGAACAGCGAGAUGUCCCACCUCCACACCAUACUGCUGACUCCAUACCCCAUCCUCUGAACAUCAACAUCACAUUGGAACCCUAUCCCGUUGGCUUUAAAAUACCACAGCUUGAGACUUAUGAUGGGACGAAGGACCUCAAUGAUCACAUACAUGCUUUCUACUCUUGUAAUGCUCGAACCUGGUAUUACAGCCUACCUCCGAGGUCAAUUAGCUCGUAUACAGAAAUGGCAUCUGCUUUUGCCACAAAGUUUUCCAAUAAAAGGUUGAUCAGGAAAACUACUUUUGAGUUGAUGCGAUUUAAACAAAGGGAUGAAGAAUCUUUGAAGAAUUACAUGAGCAGAUUCAAUGAUGCAGUGUUGGAAGUUAGCUCCUUCGACCAGGCUGUGGGAAUUGCCACUAUGAUCUCAAGUCUUAACCAUGAAACAUUCAGAGAUAGUUUGAUCAAGCAUCCUACUACAACCUUUAACGAGAGAGAUGAACAACCAAGAUUUGUCAGAGAACAGGGGUCGCAGCCGCAAGGAAUUCGUAAUCCACCAAACAGGCAAGGAAUGGGGUAUCAACAAGCCCCACCUCCACUUCCACCGCCAGCCAGAAUUAUACACAUGAUUACAGGAGGAUUGGAAGCAGGGGUUCAAGUUGAAGGAAUCCUAACCAUGAAUGUUGCAUUUGGGAGUGGCCGAACCUAUGUGACUCCUUCAUUUCGAUUUCUGGUAGUCAAGAUGCCUUCUUCUUUCAAGGUUGUCAUUGGCCGGCCCACAUUAAUAGAGAUCCGCGCUGUGGUCUCUCAAUCUCAUCUCUGCAUGAAAUUUCCAACCCCCAUGGGAAUUGCAACACUCAUAGACAUGCCAGGGAUUCCCACCUCUGUAUCUCAACACAAACUCAGCACUAAUCUGCUUAAGAAACCAAUGGCACAGAAGCGGCGCCUCUUUGGGGGGGAAAGGUUAAAGGUCAUAAAGGAAAAAGUUGAAAAACUCUUACAAGCUGGCUUCGUCAAACGGGUUGAUUAUUGUGAAUGGGUCACCAAUCCUAUGUUGGCAUGUCCAAAAGACUAUUACCCAAUGCCAAACAUCGACAAGCUAGUUGAGGCAGCUUCUGGAAACGAGAGGUUAAGUCUCUUGGAUGCAUACUCUGGUUACCACCAAGUCACGAUGGCUCCUGAGGACAAAGAAAAAACCUCAUUCUAUGCCGGAGACGAAAUCUAUUGCUACAUGAUGAUGUCCUUCGGCUUAAAGAACGCAACUGAAGAUCAUUUAAAUGACCUCAAGGAGACAUUCAACAAUCUCAAAAAGAAUAGAAUGAGGUUGAAUCCAGCAAAAUGCAUCUUUGGUGUGGAGUUUGGAAAAUUUUUAGGCUUCAUGGUAUCUAGAAGGAGGAUUGAGGUUAACUCCGAGAAGAUCAAAGCAGUGGCUGAAAUGGAACCACCGAAGUCAGUAAAAGACGUACAGAGGCUGAUAGGGAGAGUAGCAGCUCUUCAUAGAUUCAUCUCGAAAUCAACAGAUAAAUGCCUGUCAUUCUUCAAGAUCAUGAGAUUAGCAGCCCAAAAGGAUGAAUCUGGCAAACAAAAGAAAUUUGAAUGGAAUUCAGAAUGCCAAGCUGCAUUUGGCGAGCUGAAGUCCUAUCUUAGCUCACCCCCUUUGCUGACAAAAGCUAAUGAUGGAGAAAUCCUUUACUUGUACCUCGUUGAACUAGGGGAAUUCGAGAUAACAUUUCAACAGAGAUCUGCAAUUCAAGCUCAAGCACUGGUAGAUUUCAUCGUAGAGUGCACUCCAUGUCACUCAACCCCUAAUCCUAAGCCCAAUGACUGGACCUUAUAUGUUGAUGGAGCAUCUAGUAACAAGGGUUUAGGAGCUGGUGCUCUCUUAAUUGGCCCAGAUGGAUACCGGAGUGAACAUACUCUGAAAUUUAACUUUGAUACAACAAACAAUAUGGCUGAGUAUGAAGCUCUGAUACUUGGUUUGCAACUAGCAUUGGAGUUGAAAGUCAGGGCGAUCCAAUUGUACAACGGGAUAGUACCUGAAGACAAGGAAGAGGAAAUGAGGUUGAGGAAGAAAGCAUCUCGGUAUACACUCGUUGAUGGAGUCCUCUAUAAAAGAUCUUUCUCACUCCCUCUUCUACGGUGCUUGAAUUCCUAUGAAGCUGAGUACGCACUUCAGGAGAUGCAUGAAGGUGUCUGCGGAAGUCACAUUGGUGCUCGAACUUUGGCUCAUAAAGUCCUUAGACAAGGAUAUUAUUGGCCCAACAUGUAUAAAGAUGUCACUCAGUUCGUACAGAGGAUCAAAUUACAGUUCACUUUGGUGUACCACCCGGAGUCCGAUGGUAUGGUAGAAUCUGUUAAUAAAGCCAUCUUAGAAGGAAUAAAGCCGAGGUUGGAACAGCACAAGGCCAGGUGGGCAGAUGAGCUCAACAACGUCCUCUAGGCAUAUAGAACAAUAAGCCGAACUGCCACAG